UUUGAGAGUCGACGGAGACGUGGCAAGCCAUUUCGGCUACUGUAUAGGGAAAGGUAAACUUAAUAUUUUAGGCUUUAAGAACAAGGACGUUCUUAGUCCAUGCUACUAAAUCAUCUCCUUGGAAAGCUUCCGGCCUCCUUCAAACAGGUUUAACGACUUCCUUUGCUUGGAAACAACUGAGUCUCAAACGCGGGGAUAAAAACACCCAUUUUCAAGAAAAACAGGAUUUCAACAAUAAACAGUUGUACAGUAACAAGCAAAGAUGAUGUGCAAUACUCUGCUGAAUUUAGCAGUGUGGACGGUGUUGGUGGUGUUGGCCGCGGGCUGCGAUGAACGGUGCACGUCGGCGUUCCAGCAACGUCUAGCAGAAGCAGCACAGGGCGGCAAUGCUUCAUCCUCCCUACAGAGGAGCUGCGAGGCCAUCAAACUACACCUCCAGUGCCUGGGUGAGAUCCGGCCCAACUGUAACACCAACCAAAUACAGAUGGUCAACAACACCAUCAUCUCCAUGCAGGCCAACUACGACAGGUCCUGCACCGAGGGAAGUGCCACGGCGGACGUUGCUAACUGUGGAACACGCUACAUGGUCUGCAACGAGAAGUUCAACACCACCUUCUUCCCCGCCCUCAAUGCGUAUGAUCUAACAGCAGCAUGCGGCUCCCUGAACAACUACACGGAGUGUGUGGAGUCGCUCCUGACGUCCCCCGACUGCUCUCAGUAUGCGGGCUACGCCGUCAACACCAUCAACGGCAUCAGGUCCCGCUACUCUUCCACUUGCGAGGGAGACACCGCAGCAACUGGAGCCAACAUGGCACGUUGUCUUAAUGGAACCAUGGAGUGCUUCACAACCUUUAACAGGACGUUCUUCCCAUCUGUCCGGAAGUCAGACAUGAGGCUCAUGUGCAGUUCUGUGUCCAACUACUCCAAGUGCAUCAACGCCCUGGCUGCUGACCCGUCUUGCCAUCAGUACACAGCUCAGGCUGUCUCAAGCAUACAGGUGCUCGAACAACAACACAAGGUGGCGUGCGGAGAAGAUGGCGGGACGAAAGCCACUGAGUGUUUGAGAAGCUUCAGGGAAUGUUAUCAACACUUCAAUGAAACCUUCAACCCAGCUGUCAAGACCAUGAACAUUGAGAAACUCUGCCAGUCAAUGGACGAAUACAAGGUGUGUUCAGUUGGAAUCCCCGACGAAUGUGACACGUACCUGGGCCAGUCCGUUGACGGUCUGGACAGGAUGCAGGCUCAGUACUCGCAGUACUGCACCCCAGAGAACAAGAAGAUAUUUGGCUGCGCCCCCCUGUCCUUGUGUAACCGCAACCUCAUCGGCAACCUCACCGUCAGCGGCGCUGAAUCAGGCAUGCUCUGCAUGGUACUGGAGACGUACUUCCCCUGUGUGGACGAGGCAGUCAAGCAAUGCCACCUGUCUGGGGACGGGAUCUCGGCCAUCUCCUUCCGUGACCUUGGCCUCCUCUCGUCCAGAUACUGCCGGUCAGUGUUGGCGAACCCCGCCAUCAAGAGCUGCAUGAACUUCAUGCAGUGUCACGCCGCCCUGGACCUCACUAACAUGAGUCCAGGCAUGAUGGUGGAAGGAACCUACUGGUGCCACUACAUGGAGUCGUCGCUCAUGUGCAGCUCUCGGCUCAUCAACGCCGGCCAGUGUAACGUCCAGAACAGGAACGACAUGAUCAACAACAUCCAACGUCUACGUCAGAUGCAACAGGCGACGUGUACAAUAACUACACCCGCACCGACAACGCCAACGACUACCGUUACUACAACAACUGUAGAGCUGAAGGAAGAUAUAAAGAAGACCGAUGAGGACAAGAAGAAAGACACAGACCCAGGGAGUGGAGGUUCCACAUUGACCUUGAGCUUUGUGACCUUGGCCCUCACCUUUGCGGCGACGACAUUCCAGCGUCAUUCUUGAAACGAUUAACUCUUCAAUGAAGUGAACUUGGAGGACGAACAAAACAAACUGCCACCCAGUAACGCCAGUCUUUACUUCAUUUGAUAUACGUAUGCUGUUUGUAUCUGCUGGAAAUUUGUAAAGAAUUACUUGAUACUUAAUUAAAGAUCAUCAGUCAGAACUCGCUAUCGUUAAUAAGUUAAGGAGUCAAUAGAAGUCACUUGAAACUGCACCGAAACAUCUUCAAAUCUAUAAUUUGGUUUGUAGCAUUAUUUUCAAAAUCUUCUGCAAAUAUUCAUAUUUACGUUGCAUUUUGUGUAAUAUUUCCCAGCUUGUUUUAAAGAAGUAACUGGAUUCUCAUAUAUGCAUCUAACUGUACUUGGGGUGUAUUCACGAAGCAGUUGGAGUUUGAUGAGCUCACGAUGACUAAAACAAGCAAUGUUCUGUCCAAAUGACGACUUGCGGGUUGCAAGUGAUUUUGGAAAAUAAUUAACACUUUAUUCAGUUAACUUACGCACCGUGAAAAAAAUUGAAACACUGUUGAAAGUAGCGUUAGACCCUACUCACGAACUCAAACAAACCCUUCGCAGUGCCGACAGGUGGCUCUCGUGCCUCGAUGACGGCACCUAUCGUUGCCAGAGCCGAGAGCCCUGCGUAAGCUUCGUCUAUAGACUCUUUGCAACCGUUUCACGAAGCAAUCUUAGCGUUAUGACUGUCAAAAACCAUUCUACAUAGAUCUACGGCAGUCAUUCCACUAGGAUUGCUUUGUGAAACCAGACCUUUGCAUUUAUGAAUGACGUGUUUGUAAAUAAAGUACAUUUUAUGUGUAUGUUUUAUGUGUAAUUGACACUUUGAAGUGAAGUGGAAAUGACACUGGGACAACAACUUACAACUUGUGCAUGUUACUGCUACUGUAACCUGCUACUAUAUACUAUAUAUGUGUUGUAUAUGUACAUUAUAGAUUUGUCUGCCAGUGUAGAUACGUAUGUAUAAACAAGUAACCUGCCACAAUCUACUUAAACAGUAUAAACACGAUAAAGAAAGCUAGAUCAUAGUAUUAUUCCUGUACAGUCAAACUCCGUUCUGUCGACGUUGAAGAGACCCACGGAAAUAAUUCGAGUUAUCGAUACAACCGAAUAACACAUAAAGAGUACGAAGGGACCAAUCAAUUACAAGGAAUCAACCGUAAGUUCGACAUAUCAAACGUUCGUCACAACUAUGUUUGACUGUACGUUUAUGUAGUCGUGUAUGUACUUUGUCAGAUUAAUUUAUUUUUGUGAAAAUUUAAGUAUUGUACAAAUUUAGUCUUGCUUUAAGAAGUAAAGGAUUUGGUGUUCAAAAUAAACGUUUAACUUGAUUAAAGAGGUAAUCUUUACUUCUGAAAAAUUCACUUUAUAUUUAUGGAUGUAUUUUUUGGUUGCUCUCAUUGAAAGGUAUUGUACAUACGUUUAUCGUCUUGUUAUCAUGUUAGUCAUAUAGCAGCGUAAAUUUGGGGAGAGUAUUGUUCAUCGCCAUGUAUAUAUUGGAAGUUGGAAUCUAGCAAAUUAAAAUAAUAGUGCUAACAAAAUCUGCAGUAUUUUGUGAAAAUGACUUUUUCAUUCGAACAUAAUUUGUUUCCACGACAACAAGCGUUUUCUUAAUGUUUGCUAAACUGACUUUUACUGUAAGAUUAUGUCAUUGCAUACGUAUGAAUAUUUUGGGAAAACAGCCAUGUAAAUUGUGGCGGAAUUUGAUGCCAUUUCAAAACAUAUUGUCUUAGUAUUUGACAGUAAUUUAGCUCUUAAAUUGUACACUUUGCUUACGUCUACUGAAAUGUGUUGGGAAAACUUAGAUUGUCUUAGUAAUUGAUAAACCAAGAUUUGCUCAACAAUUGUGUGUUAGUGCAUCUACAUUUGGAUUAUUUUGAAUGAAACGACAUUUCGAUUAGAAUAGAUUUGGUUACGAUGACAACAUAAAAUUUCUAAAUGUUUGAUAACCACAUUUUGCUCUAUAAUUGUAUGUCAUUUUACACUUCCUCUGGAAUGUGUUGAGGUAACGACAGUUGAAAUGUGUUGAGGUAACGACAGUUGAAAUGUGUUGAGGUAACGACAGUUGAAAUGUGUUGAGGUAACGACAGUUGAAAUGUGUUGAGGUAACGACAGUUGAAAUGUGUUGAGGUAACGACAGUUGAAAUGGAACAGAAUUGUUUACCAUGAUAACAUAUACUGUCUUAGAAUUUGACAAAAGAACUUUUUCUCUGUCAUUGUCUUGUCAUAUUCUCCAUCCUGCGGACUUUAGUUUUGGGAAACGACAUUUUAUUGUGAAUAUGUUACUAUGACAACAGAUGUUUUCAGAUUAUUUGAUAAAUCAAAUUUUGGUC